AUGUGUGAGUCUGGGACUGUUUGCAUGAGCGGUGUAGACGCCGGAUCUUGCUGCACUAAUCCUGCACAGAAACGGUGUCCAUCACCUACUGCUCUAAACAUACAAUGCCGAAAAUUGCGUGGUGUUAACUGGUGCAAUAAUGAUUUUGACUGCCAUGGAAAAUCUACUAUGCCAUCAAUUUGCUGUCCCACAGGCUGUAAUUACAAUAUGUGUUUGCAUAUGGGUUUUGAACCAGUUCCACAUGUCAGGAGGCAUGUCACAGCUCUUUCUUCGUCGCCGGUGGAUGAGUGUCCCGAUCCUUAUACUCUUAACGUGCGAUGUGCUGUUCGAAACCCUGCCAGCUGGUGUUUGACAGACGCAGAAUGUCCAUCAGUAAACAGUGCACAUCCACGGAAAUGCUGUGCAACCCUCUGUGGCAACAAUGUUUGUGUUGUCAAGUAUGGCGACAAGUGGAUAAUAGCCUGA